AUGUUAUUUCCUUUUCCAGAUUCUACUCCCGACCAAGAUAGAUUUGAUCAACGUCUUCAAAGAUCAGAAAACUUCUCCAGAAGAUGGUUUUCAGAAGAGCAAAAAGGACCGAGUGUUUUAGGUACAGAUCCGCAAGAAACUACCGAAACUAGCCCUCUACCUGCCCCUACAUCUACAUCACCCAUCAUAAUUGAUCCAGCAUUCUCUACCCAGAAUAAUUCCGAUUCCUAUCUACCACCGUCAUACUCUCCGUGUGCUGUCAACAAUAUUGGAGCUGGCAAUAAAAUCGUUGACAAUACCUCCGAGGACCUACUUCCUCCGUAUUCCACAUGCGUCGAUGCAUUGAACGAUGCAGAUGGCAUACCGAAGAUACAUAAAGGAGAGAGUGUGGAAAAACAGUCAUGUACUGAAACAGAUAUAAAUCUCAACAACUCACAUACUACGGAUAGAAAUAACGUUGAACAAUUAGAUAGCACCAUGAAGGAAGUCAUCAAGUAG